AUGCGGGUCGGUCCCCUGCGCUCUGCCAUGAGCGGCGCCUCGCAACCCCGUGGCCAGGCCUUGCUGCUCCCGGCCGCCCGGGGCGCCCCGGCGAAACGCCUGCUGGACGCGGACGAUCCGGCGGCCGUGGCCGCCAAGUGCCCGCGCCUCUCGGAGUGCACGACACCCCCGGACUACCUCAGCCCCCCUGGCUCGCCCUGCAGCCCGCAGCCCCCUCCCGCCGCUCCGGGGGCCGGAGGCAGCUCUGGGAGCGCGCCGGGGCCCAGCCGCAUCGCCGACUACCUGCUGCUGCCCCUGGCCGAGCGCGAACAUGUGUCUCGGGCGCUGUGCAUCCACACCGGCCGGGAGCUGCGCUGCAAGGUGUUUCCCAUUAAACACUACCAAGACAAAAUCAGGCCUUACAUCCAGCUGCCGUCACACCGGAAUAUCACGGGCAUCGUGGAAGUGAUCCUGGGGGAAACCAAGGCCUACGUGUUCUUUGAGAGGGACUUUGGGGACAUGCACUCGUACGUGCGGAGCCGGAAGAGGCUGCGGGAGGAGGAGGCUGCCCGGCUCUUCAAGCAGAUUGUGUCUGCCGUUGCCCAUUGCCACCAGUCGGCCAUUGUGCUGGGGGACCUGAAGCUCAGGAAAUUCGUCUUCUCCACGGAGGAGAGAAACCAGCUCCGACUCGAAAGUCUGGAAGACACGCACAUCAUCAAGGGGGAGGACGAUGCCCUUUCAGACAAACACGGCUGUCCUGCUUACGUCAGCCCCGAGAUCCUGAACACCACCGGCACCUACUCGGGAAAGGCAGCGGAUGUUUGGAGCCUGGGGGUGAUGCUCUACACCCUUUUGGUGGGACGAUACCCCUUCCAUGACUCAGACCCCAGUGCCCUGUUCUCCAAAAUCCGGCGCGGACAGUUCUGCAUUCCUGACCACAUUUCCCCCAAAGCCAGGUGCCUCAUCCGCAGCCUGCUGAGACGGGAACCUUCAGAGAGACUCACAGCGCCGGAGAUUUUACUCCAUCCCUGGUUUGAGUCUGUCUUAGAACUGGGCUACGGAGAUUCAGAAAUGGGAACUGCAGACCAGAUUGUUCCAGAGUAUCAGGAAGACCAUGACAUUAGUUCCUUCUUCUGCUAAUCCCCAAACCUCAGAAACCUCAUAAUUCUCACACAUGGCAUUUCCAUUUCUAAAGAUGGACAGACUUUUCGGCGUGGUGCCAGCCAGAGGCACGAUGGCGUGUUAGGAGCCGCCAAGGCAGCGCGGUCCCCCCUUUCUUGUGUGUGCGGCUGCCUGACUUGAGAGAUCUAAACGGCCUGCGCUCUGUGAGGAGGGGAAAAAAAAAAACCAUUUUUCCACUUCCCGGAACCCUCAUCAACUCUCACUGGUCACAUUUGUGGGGGAGGGUGUAUCGGCAUCUUUCCAAGGUGGCAAAGAGUAUGGAAAAUCCUACACCUUGUAGUCAAAUGAAAUGGACUCGAAUCUUCUAAAGUGAGAGGAAGGGAGCCACACACGGUGGCACUGGGGGGCAGUAACCACACAGUUUGGCAGGGUGAAAUAAUUGGGCCAAUAAACCUGCCAUUUUAGAAUUCAUCCUUGGUAGCUAACUUUUGCCACCCUGGCUUCUAGAUUGGAUAGUUCCCUGGGGGGAGUUUGGUUUAAGUCUCUUCCUUCACACCCACUUUAACCUGUGAUACUUCAUCCGGGAGCAGAUUGUGUCAGGCGCAUAGGAUCCUGCCUGAACUAUGAACCUAGACUUUCCUCCAAUUCUUGCCCAAACCUCAUGCACUCAGGCCUUUUCCUGACCUUGACUUUGAAAUCCACACCCCCCUUACCCUUAACUUCAAGGAAAAAGCAGUUUUCAGCUAACUGUGCGUGGAAAAAUGAUCACAAAAGAAUUGAACUCCUGCCUUGAUUUCAGAACUCUGAGCUCAGACAGAGACAGCAGAUUUUUUGGAAAUAAUUCGAGCAUUUGGAAACUCACUUCGCUUUUUCAGUUCCCCUCAAAUAUGUUUGCUUUUAUCCUUGACUUUUCUCUUUCCCCCCUCCCCCUCCCUGCCCCCCAGGAUCACCUCAGAGUGGACUAAGUUGGUCAAGAAGGAGAAGAAUAGGGAGAUUGCCUGAAAGUGAAUUUUUGGAUAGUCUUAGUUUCACUCUAACCUCCUGAUGGAAAAGGUCCGUGUCAGCCAUUCUGUGUGUGCCCGCCAUUUUGCAUGAUGGAUUGGGUGAUGUUUCAGUCGUGGUUUGGUUUCUGAACACAUCCAUAAUCAUCAGCAUCUGAAAUAGGAAGCCCCGCCUCUUGAAAGUCAGAAGGAACUAUAAAAGUCAUCCAAGUCCACCUUCUCUCAUCUUUCUGCCACCUUGCCACACAGAAAUCCACUUAUCUGCCGCUCUCACAGGCAGGAACCCCGUCUCUCGACGAACACAUCCUGAGAUGGACAUCUGCUACCUACAAAAGGUAGCGCUUCACAGAGACUUGCAUUAAAAAAAAACAAAACAAAAAAAAUCAUCAGUACAGGUGAAAUAGCAAUGUCUGGGAUAGUACUGAACCAGGUGGUGAAACGGGUAAUCCAAACAUACUGUAUUUUGAGAAAAGGCACAAAAAUAUGAAAACAAACAAAAAAACCAAUUACAUGGAAGCCACCGGCAGUCACUUUUAAGGGCUAUGCCUAAGCAAACUGCUAACAUGCAUUGUGAGAAUGCCGUGUAUACCUCACGUACUGUGUACUUUGUACCUAUAUUUUAUCUUUUAUACAUAACGUCUGUUGUUUUUAUUUGUUGUUUUGACUCUGAGGCUUUUUUUGUUGUCUGUGUCUGUCUGAAUAACCUGCGUGUCUUAGACCACGUGAAAUGUGAAUGACUAUCGGCAAUAUUACCUGGACUGAAUCCCGGGACUCGGAAGAGCGAGGACUGAGGCUUCUGUGGCAUUAAUGCUCUGGGGGCUGCCUCGCAGCGUAUCUGUGAUACAAGAGCCGGCUGAGGACUCGGGGCCGGCUGGGGCUUCUGCCAGGAAAGCUGGAAACACUAGAUUGUUCUGUACAUGUGUAUAUAUGUGAACAAUGAGACAGCCGUUUCUGACUUGUAGAGAAAUUUUAAUAAAUCUGGUUUCGUAAAUAGG